AUGAAGUUCUCCAUCCUCACCUUCGCUACCCUCUUCGCCGCGCUCGCGGCGGCAGCUCCCGCUCCCGAAGCCGAGCUCGUCGCCAGACAGUGCUCUUGCCAUAAGAUCGGCGAUGAGUGGUUCUGCAGCGGCAGACUUUGCCCGAAGGACUUCAUCCCUACAACCGCCAUGGCCAAGAGGGGCAUCGAGAUUGAGGCUCGCGGCUGCAGCUGCAAACCCAUUGGUAACGGCGAUCUACACGUCGUUAUUCUUCCUUGUAUCUCCGUUAUUACCACCUGGGGCUGA